AUGGAAGCGAAGGAGGAUGCAAGGAUAGAAGUGAUCCUUCUAGGAACGGGGACGUCCGGCCAGGUACCUUCGAUUGCAUGUCUAACAGAUCCCGAAGACCAAGGCUGUCGAUGCUGCAAGUCUGAAGACAGGAAAGACUUACGCAGGAACACCUCAGCUCUUCUCCGGAUCCACCAUCCAUCCAAUAAAACCUCUCCGGACGCGCCCUCAACACCCCUCCACCUCUUGAUCGAUGUCGGCAAAAGCUUCUGUGAGGCCGCUAGAGAGUUUUUUCCUAAACAUAACAUCCGCAGGUUGGACGCUGUACUCUUGACUCACCCUCAUGCAGAUGCAAUCAAUGGCUUGGAUGAUCUGCGAGCAUGGACAUUAGGAGGGGCGAUUCAAGACUCGAUACCGAUCUAUUGCAACGAGUACACACACACAGAAAUCUCAAGAAUGUACCCUUACUUAGUAAACAGUCAUGCUAAGACUGGCGGUGGUGAUGUUCCCCAAUUCACAUGGAACAUAAUCCGAGACGGGAUAUCAUUUACACUUUUUGGCGUCGAGAUUCUUCCUUUACCUGUUCAUCAUGGGAAGUUUUUCGAAUCGAAUUCAAAGGAUAAGCCGUACAUAUGUACGAGCUACAUGAUAGCCAAGACGAUAUAUUACGUGUCAGAUGUCUCUGAGAUCCCGGAAGAAACGAUGACGAAGAUUCUGGAGAGCCACUCUGGAAGAGGAGAUGGUGGUGGUGGACGAUUGAACGUGUUGAUAAUCGACACUUUACGGCUCUUGCCUCAUGCCUCCCAUUUUGGGAUCGCUCAAGCCAUCCACGCCGCUCAAAGACUAAACCCCAUCCGCACUUAUCUGGUCGGCUUCACUCAUCGAGUCACCCAUGAUUGUUGGACUUAUUGUUGCCAAGCAAUCAGUCAAGGCCGUCGUUCGACGGACUUCGAAGAUGCUUCUUCGUCCUCCUCAUCACAGACUAACAUCUAUCCCCCACAGGCUCGAGAUCUAGUAGUAACAGAACAAGACUCAGGAAAGUCGAGACAAAGGUUCGAAGUCUUGUUGGAAAAGGGAGUCGUCGAAGACUAUGAUCGGUUCACUGGCCAAGCCCUUCGACUCAUCGAAGCUGAUAAUCCCACUCCUCCUCUUUCAAACGCUGUUGCCCUUGAAAUGCCCUGGGUUAGGCCCGCUUUCGAUGGGUUGUUGGUCCAUACUAGUCUCCGUUCUUCUCAAGUCACUGAUAAUUUUUAUGAUUGA